UGUUUGCUUGUUUCUAUGUUUUAUUAUUAUUUUAAAUGUAUGUGAAGCACUUUGUGUUAAAUUUCUCUUGUAUGAAAAGUGCUAUACAAAUAAAGUCUGAUUGAUAAACGUUCCGUCCAGGGUUACUGCGGCUCCUGCUGGGCCUUCAGCACUACGGGAGCCAUCGAGGGACAAAUAUUCAAGAAGACAGGUCAGCUGAUAUCCCUGAGUGAGCAGAACCUGGUGGACUGCUCCAAAUCCUACGGGACCUAUGGCUGCAGCGGCGCCUGGAUGGCCUACGCCUACGACUACGUGGUCAACAACGGGCUGCAGACGACCAGCUCGUACCCGUACACCUCCGUGGACACCCAGCCCUGUUACUACGACAGCAGGCUGGCAGUCGCUCACAUCAAAGACUACAGGUUCAUACCUAAAGGAGACGAGCAGGCUCUGGCCGACGCUGUGGCUUCUAUCGGACCGAUCACAGUCGCUGUGGAUGCAGAUCAUUCAAGCUUCCUGUUCUACAGCUCAGGAAUAUAUGACGAGCCGAGCUGUAACCCGAACAACCUGAGCCACGCGGUGCUGCUGGUCGGCUACGGCUCUGAAGGAGGCCAAGACUACUGGAUCAUCAAAAACAGUUGGGGCAGCGGUUGGGGUGAAGGCGGCUUCAUGCGAAUGGUCCGAGACGGCAGGAACACUUGCGGCAUCGCAAGCUACGCCCUGUACCCGACUCUAUGAUUCUGAGAAGACUCUUCAGUUGUGCGUUUGUGCUGAAGUCAGUCAUUGCUUUAACAGCUCAAACACUCCUGUCAUCACAUCCUCAGAACCUCCUGCUGAACCUUUCUGAUGCUGUAGAUAAAAUGUUGUGGACACAUUGCUUCUCUCAGGGACGUAGAGACACUACAGAGCACUGCAGGGUGACGUGUUUUUGUAGGAACUUAGCGUUACCCUGAUUGAAACGGUACCAAUUUUGGAUUAUUGCAGAAAAUAAGCUCUAAAACAUGUAAAAGCUCCAAAAUGAGGUAUUAACUGACAGAUUUUAUGUCAUAAAACAUUGACUUUGAGACGAGGGAACAGGUGCAAAAUCUAUUUUCUGUUUUUUAAUGAGCCGUUCCUGUAGCCUUCCGAAAACUCGCCAAAUAUAAAAAACUACAAUUUAAACAAUUAAAGUGGGACAGUGUGAUAAGCAUAGCAUAUAUAUGUUAUUAUGUCACUUUAAAAUGAAAAUGUGAAUUUCUAAGCAACAAUAACUAGAACUUGUUGCCACAGUAGCCACUGUUCCACAGCUGGGUUUAAAAAAAAAAAAAGUUAUAAAUAAUUGAUUUAUUGUUAUUAUACAAACCCAUUGAUGUUGUAGACUCUCAGUAA